UUGUCGUAUAUCUUCUCUCUCUCCUCUCUCUCUCUCUCUCUCUCUCUCUCUCUCUCUGCCUGAUUGAGAAAGCCGUCAUUGUAGGAAGAGGAGGAUGGUAUUGCCAUCGUCGUCGAUGGGAGACGGACAGGAAGAGCGGAAGAGACUGAAAACCCUAGCCAUGAAAAACCGAUUGCUGUCGUGUGCUCCGGCGAGAUGUGUUUCUCCGCUCAAACCCUCGAAGCAAGUCCUCAAACACCAUGGCUCCGACAUCCUCCGCAAGUCUCAGCGUAAGAAUCGCUUUCUCUUUUCCUUCCCAGCACUGCUGGCUCCUGUCUCAGGAGCCACCAUCGGCGACCUCGACCGCUUGUCUACCAAAAACCCUGUCCUCUACCUCCAUUUUCCCCAGGGUCGAAUGAAGCUGUUUGGAACCAUUGUCUAUCCCAAGAACAGGUACUUGACCCUCCAAUUCUCCCGAGGAGGCAAGAAUGUCACAUGCGACGACUAUUUUGACAACAUGAUUGUGUUCUCUGAAGCAUGGUGGAUCGGCACUAAGGAGGACAACCCUGAAGAAGCUCGCUUAGACUUCCCUCAAGAAUUGGCUCAGCUUGAACAGCAGACAGAGUUCGACUUCAGAGGUGGUGCUGGUGAAGUUUCACCCAAGGCCUUGACUGUCCCUGAAACUAUGGAAACAGAUUCACCUGACAUUGAGAUGCAUGAUGGUUUAUCAGUGGAAGGAUACGAUCUGGAGUUGACACCAGUUCGAACGUCUCAGAGAAAUUCUGGGAAAAGUUUCAACUUCAUGGAAAGCUCGCCCGAAGACGUAUCUGACCCAAGCGACAGCGAUACAUCCAAUGAAGAAUGUGAAAAACUAUUGUUGGAACAUGAUUCUUCAACGGGAGGUCAUGAGCAAGUUCAAGCCGCUACUGCUGCAUUAGAUGGCAAGUUUUGUACUGGACUUCUGCCAUCUUCAGCAGCCAGAAAGCCAAAAUCCAAAGGCAGAGAUGGUCCGCUUGUUCAAGCUACGGUAUCUAACAUGUUCAAGAAAGCAGAGCAGAAAGCGGCUGGAAGCUCAUCCACAAAGGAAUGAUCCUGUACAAUGGUUCCCAAAGCUUUGCAUUGCAGCCUGGGGAAACUUGAGCUGGAAUGGGAAUUUGUUGUUGGUUUUGUGUCCGUUUGAACGGCUUGUAGUUCUUUUAGACUCGUUAUUAUUGAGAAAUGACGCCCGGUUUACUACU